GGCUCCAUGCGGCCGCCGCCUCUCGGGCGAGGGGCGGGGGGCUUCGGCCCGCGGCAGGCGCCCCCCCGCGCAGUGCUGCUUCCCUCCCUGCCCUCCGCGCGGGCGCUGGAGCCGGCGGGGGCGCCCGCCGCCUGCUAGGAGCGCACGCUCCGCGCGCCCUGCCGGAGCGAGGGGCGGGCGGCGGGCGGCGGGGACCCCGCGCGGCGGCGCGAGGAGGGGGCUUCCCCGGAGGACGCCCGGCGGCGGCGGCGGCGGCGCCCCGCUCCUCGGCGCGAGCUGAGUCGCCCCGGGCGCGGGCGGCGCGGCGCCAUGCCGGCGUGACGGCGCCCCCCGGCUGCCCGCGCGGCCCCCGCUGCCCCGCGCCGCGCCGCGCCGGCCGGGCGGCAGGAUGGGCUGCAUCCAGAGCGUCACCUGCAAGGCGCGGAUCCGGCGCGACAAUAUCGUGGUGUACGACGUGUGCGCCACCAUCGACCAGUGCCCCACGCGCAUCGAGGAGACCUCGCCCAUCGUCCUGCGCUACAAGACCCCCUACUUCAAAGCCUCGGCCCGCGUGGUCAUGCCCCCCAUCCCCCGCCACGAGACCUGGGUGGUGGGCUGGAUCCAGGCGUGCAACCAGAUGGAGUUCUUCAACACCUACAGCGACCUGGGCAUGUCAAGCUGGGAACUGCCCGACCUGAGGGAAGGGAGAGUAAAAGCCAUCAGUGACUCAGACGGGGUGAGCUACCCUUGGUACGGGAACACCACAGAAACGGUGACCCUGGCUGGCCCCACCAACAAGAUCUCCAGGUUCUCCGUCAGCAUGAAUGACAACUUCUACCCGAGUGUGACGUGGGCAGUGCCAGUGAGUGACAGCAACGUGCCACUGCUCACCAGGAUCAAGAGGGACCAAAGUUUUACUACCUGGCUGGUGGCCAUGAACACGACCACGAAGGAGAAAAUCAUUCUGCAGACCAUCAAGUGGAGGAUGAGAGUGGACAUUCAGGUGGACCCCCUUCAGCUCUUGGGGCAACGGGCCCGGCUGGUAGGCAGGACUCAGCAAGAGCAGCCCCGGAUCCUGAGCCGGAUGGAGCCCAUCCCCCCCAAUGCACUAGUGAAACCCAAUGCCAACGACGCACAGGUCCUCAUGUGGAGGCCCAAGCGGGGGCCACCUCUGGUUGUGAUCCCCCCUAAGUAGCAGCAGACUGGCCCGAUGGUGUGGGGAGCACAUGCCGCGGAGACACGCAGUGAGGCCGCCAGGGGUGGCGGGAGCCAAACUGAGUUUCUGAGCCAAAGCAGACCUCUUGGUUCACCAGCCUUUGCAGCCACUGGUGACGAGGAGGGCUGCUGCUUGGGUGGUAGAACCAUAAUCUUUAGGAAAAGUCCCUUCCUUUUAGGAAUAAAGAAAUCAGUGAUUUGA